AAGUUAGUUUUUUUUAUCAGCGUAAACUUUUCAUUGUUUUUUCAUUAUUAAAUUUGCAUAUGAAGCUUUAGUAAUCAUUCAACAUGGUUGAAGUUGAAGAGAUUGAGCUUGAUUUAGGUUUAUCAAUAGGGGGAGCUUUCAAGAAAUCCAAACCUGAAUCACGACCUGAUAAAUUAAUAUCAUUAGGUCAUGACGUUGGUUUGGAACAAAAUCAACAACCACAAAUGAAACGUGAGAUUCAAGCAUUGAGGAGAAUGGAGGUGAAGAGAAAAAGAGUGCAGAAAAGAGAGACAUGUCUCGAGACCGGAGACCUGAAGCCGGAAUGUGAGCAGGUGUUUAAAAGGGAGAAGACGGAUAUUGUUGACGGUGUUGUUUCGUGGAUGACACCGUUACAGGUUGUUCAACGGCCGCAACAAUAUGAAACUUUGCGGUAUAGAUUAUCGUUACCAUUUUCGUUUGGGAGUGAAAAGAAUGAAGGAAGAAUUAACGGUGUUGGUUUUAACGGCGGAGAUGGAAAAGUCAAAUCUAAUGGGUCUUCUAGGUGUUCUUCUGCUAUUUCUGAUUAUCAAAGCUCUUCUCCUGAAGAUGGAGGGAGCACCGAAAGCCGCAGCCGCAGCCAUUCAGCUAAUUCAUUUGCAGAACCAACUCAUUUGAAGGAAACAAUCCAAACUCAACCAAAUGGCAUAAAACUUAAUGAACAAUCUGCUGCAGCGGCAACAAAAACCGAUCAAAUUCCAAUUCCAAUUAAGAAGUCUUUGCCUCAAAUGCCAUAUGUAUCCACAAAAGGGAAUGGAUCAAAUGGGAAAGUAGUGAAUGGAUUUUUAUACAGAUAUUCAAAAUGUGAUGAAGUUAGCAUUGUUUGUGUCUGUCAUGGAAGCACAUUUUCACCUGCUGAGUUUGUGCAGCAUGCUGGAGGCACUGACAUUACACACCCUCUUAGACAUAUCACAGUAAAUUCUUCUGCUUUUAGCUGAAGAUCAUCUUUUUCUGUUCUUUAAUUAAUUAUCAGUUGAUUCUCUAGAGAGAUUAGCAGAAAAAAAUAUUAAGUUUUAAUCAGUAUUGUGGAUCAUGUUUAGGUGGAGUAUAUAUUUUUUGUUGCUGGAGUUCUUUUCAAUCAACUAUUCUAAUUCUAACCGUAUUA